UAGAAAUAUAAUCGCUCUCUUAUCGUGUUUUAGUAUAUGCCAUUAUUGUAGUCGACACUGACAAAGUGACAGGUUCAACUCGAUCCUCGUGCAUUCGUGUUCAACUCUCGCGCGCGAUAAAACCAGCGACCUUCCCAACAAGUCUAAUAACGGAUUCUUUUUAAGUGUUCCGGCACUGUACACCUGGGUGGUCUCCUUUUCUACAUAAGUAAAAAUUUAUUUCAUUUCGAUCCAAUUAUUUUUCUUAUUUCCCUUUCAGUCUUCACUUUUUAUCUUUUUUUGGUAAAGGAGAAUGUGCUCGUGCUCAACCGAAAAUUUUUUCGUUAACAACAACCACAACAACAUGAUAUGUUGAUAUAAAUUCAGAGAUACAGAACACAAGAAAGUGAAUAUUGCAGGAUGGAUAUAAUUUCAAAUUGUUAUCGCUAUUGUCAGAUUCUACUUGCUUUUGCAAUUUUCUUACAGAUAUUUUCUCAGCUUGAAGCCUCUCGCUCAAAGGUGGAACUGCUUCCUGGCUUUCAAGGACCUCUUCCCUUUGAACUCGAAACUGGGUAUGUGGGAUUAGGGGAAAGAGAUGACGACAUGCAAGUGUUCUACUACUUUAUUAAGUCAGAGAACAACCCUGAGAAAGACCCUCUUAUGCUUUGGCUAACUGGUGGCCCUGGCUGCUCUUCAUUUUCUGGUCUUGCCUUUCAAAUAGGUCCACUUGCAUUUAAAACUGAGGAGUACAAAGGUAGCCUUCCUAAUUUGGUCUUGAGACCACAGUCCUGGACAAAGGUAUGUAGCAUUAUUUUUGUAGAUUUGCCACUUGGAACUGGAUUCUCUUAUGCCAAAAAUAUCACUGCUCAUCGAAGUGACUGGAAAUCAGUUCACCAUACACAUCAAUUUCUUAGGAAGUGGCUGAUUGAUCACUCGGAAUUUCUUUCAAAUAAAUUCUACGUUGGAGCUGAUUCAUACUCUGGCAUUCCUGCCCCCGCUAUUGUUCAAGAAAUUUCAAAUGCAAAUGAAAAAGGUCUCCGGCCAUGGAUAAAUCUCCAGGGAUAUCUACUAGGGAACCCCAUAACAACACUAAGAGAGAAAAAUUAUCAAAUCCCAUUUGCCCAUGGAAUGGGACUUAUUUCUGAUGAACUCUAUGAGUCACUGCAGAGAAAUUGUAAAGGAGAAUAUGAAGAUAUAGAUUCCGAAUUGUGUUUAAUAGAUUACCGCUCUUUUGAGGAGUGCCUUUCAGGAAUUAAUAUGUUUAACAUUUUGGAUAGCUAUUGCAUAGAUGAUGAUGCACUUAAGGAUCAUGAAGAAGCUCUGUGGAGGAGAUCUCUGACUAAGAAGUUGAAGGCCUCUCUUAGUCCUCAUCUCACUGUGCCAGAAUUAAGCUGCCAAAUUUAUGGUUUUUUCCUUGCCACUCAAUGGGCCAAUGAUGAAAGUGUUCGCAGGUCACUGCAUAUUCAAGAGGGAACUAUAGGGAAAUGGCAACGUUGUUACACUACUGAUUUUGAUCAUGACAUUUCUAGUAGCUUUGAGUUUCAUGUAAAUCUCAGUGCAAAAGGGUACCGCUCCUUGAUAUACAGUGGGGAUCAUGAUGUAGUUGUUCCGUUCAUUGCAACCCAAGCGUGGAUAAGGGAUCUAAACUACUCCAUUGUGGAUGAUUGGAGGCCAUGGCUUGUUAAUGGCCAAGUUGCAGGAUAUACAAGGACUUACUCGAAUCAAAUGACAUUUGCAACUGUGAAGGAAAGAGGCAAAGGUUGGGAGAAAAGAAAGCAGAAAAAGACAAAAAGGACAAAAGGCAAAAUAAGAAGCAAAAAAGCAACUGUACUAGCGUUCUCUUUUGAAAAGGCAACCUGCAACUGAAAAGGUAACUUGCAUCUGAGAGACAUGUCAGGCAGAAGGUGGCACGACAUUUUGUGGCAGUGCAAUGCAAAAAUUUCAAAAAAAACAAGAAAAAAAGCUUAGAAGAAUGUUUUAGGGUUGAGCUGUCAAAGAACACAUCCCUGAUUGGAGAGCAUAAACAUAAUCUGGACCAUUAAUCAAUCAAGGGAUGAGAUCAACUUGAGGAGAACACAUCAUCUAUAAAUAUUGAAGGAGACAUGACCUUCAGAAGCUUUUUGGCAACAUCAAGAAAGGACUCAUCGUCCUCCUUAGUGUUCUUCACUUUGUUCUUUGUUUUUCUGUUUUUAUUUUCCUUUUGUAACUAGAUUUUCAUUAUGCUCUUAGUAUAAGCUAAAUCUUUUCAGGGCCCGUUUGGAUGAGGUUUUGAAAAAAAGACUUUUUAUGAGUUACUUUUUUUAAAGCCAAAGUUAUUUUGUGUUUGGAUAUAAUAUUUAAAAAGUGCUUUUAAAUAAAAAUAUCAUUUGAAUGUUAAAAUAAAA